CAUUCAUUGCUAGUGCGUCAGCUCCAGCGUCACACGUUCUAGACCACGUUUAUGAAACUCGCUGAAAUCAAUCGCUUCGGUAAACACGGAGAAUUCAGUGCGCUUUUGUAUCACAAACCGUGUGAAAUCGUCCUCUCAAUUAUGGGGUCUUAUACUUCCCUUUCAGACAAGCACUAGGGGCUAGCUCGUCAUAACAGCAGCGGAGUGAGGGGGAACUUAACACCGUACUUAAACACCGUAGCUGCUACAUGUAGUAUACCACGGGUGCAUACCAGUGCGUUAUACAUAUAGAAGUCAAGAAACCGUGACAGCGCUUCAGAUAGUUCUGCGACCUAUUGCGGGGCUGAUAACUUAAUUUGGGUGAACAUUUCUACAUUUGUUUUUAUCUUUAUCGAAGGUUUACAGGCUGACGUAUUCCCCGAACUGGUGACUGUUGGUGAGGGGGAAAUAUGACGUUUCAGAUGCGAGUCGUAACUGCUCUCCUUGUCGUGGCGUUAACGACAAGCGGGGAGAGCGUGCCCAAGGCCGUAUCCUCAAAUCUGCAAGACAGUAGCGACGCUGGGGCAAACGUAUCGAGUCCUGUAACCUUUGAUUUCGAUCCUCCGGAGAUACAGUUGCUGAAAGAAGGUGAGACACGAAACGUUAAAUUCAACUUCACUCUUCGCGACUGGGCGAAAAACCUGGGCGGUUCUACUCCAUUGCUGGUGCGGGUGACUGUCGGAUACUCCCACCCCGCCCGAGCGGAGAUCCGACCCCACGGGGAAAAGUUACUCACGCUCCGUGCCGAGGACAGUACUUUUUCGGAUAAUGGUGGGGUUAAAGUCGCGGUCGUGCCCCUCGGCGAAACUGAAGUCAAAGCAGACGAGACGAUGCGGGUAGGAUACGACAGUUUGAGAGCGGAAAAUAAAAAUGAUACCGCCUCAACUUCAGUGGAAACCACGGCAGAUGUGUGCGGGGGACACUGCAUACCCGUCACUGGAACAUUUCUGGGAUUCACCCACUUGGAGUUUUCCAUUUACAGAAAUUCGUCCCUAGCAGGCAGCGAGCCCCAAUGGGAAGAUCUCCCGGUCAGAUACCGGAUCAGUGUCAUCCGGCGAGUCCGGGCCGUGGAUGGGAUCUUUACUGCGGUGGUCAUCCUACUGGUUGUGAUAGCCAAUAUAAGCAUGGGCUGCAAGACGGACUUGGCGGUAGUGAAAGAAGUCUUGAAAAAACCCUUCGCGCCUGCCAUCGGAUUUUGCUGUCAGUUUAUAAUUAUGCCGUUGACUGCCUUUGCCGCGACACACGCUCUACAAUUGGAUCCCACCCUGGGUCUGGGGCUCUUUACCCUGGGGUGCUCCCCCGGGGGUGGAGUGAGCAACGUCUACACCUACCUACUCAAUGGUGACAUUUCUCUCAGUGUGACAAUGACACUGAUCAGCACUGUGGCUUCACUCGGUAUGAUCCCACUGUGGUUGUUCACCCUUGGUCAGCUCUACUUACAAGGACCGGAUUACAAAAUAGUCAUUCCUUAUCAAAACAUUCUCAUCUCACUCGUAAGCAUCAUGGUGCCGGUCUCUAUUGGCGUUGCAAUACGCUACAAGAAACCAGAACUUGCCAAGAAAAUCGGCAAAUUAAUCAAACCCAUCAUGGUUAUCAUAAUCCUCUGUAUCUUUAGCUUUGGAAUCUACGCCAAUUUGUACAUCUUCCAGAUGUUCACUCCCAAAACACUCGCGGCGGGCGCCAUGCUGCCGUGGGUGGGUUUCACUCUUGGCGCAGCGGUGGCCGCCAUUCUUCGCCAGCCUCGUUAUCGCAUCAUCACCAUAGCAAUAGAGACCGGGAUUCAGAACAUUGGCGUGCCAAUGCUGGUGUUGAAGUUCACUCUCCCGCCACCGCUUGGAGACCUGGGAAUUGUCGCCGUGGCGGCAGCCGCCACAUUUACCCCUCUCCCCCUGUGGAUAGGCAUCGCCGUGAUGGCAAUAAAGAAACGGUGUUGUAAGGAUGAGAAAUACCAACAAGCGAAACAAGAAGAAGAAAUGGAGAAUUUGAAAUCAGAUGGUGUGGUUUUGAAUGGUAAUAGCAACGUCAAAGGAAGUGGACAAGACAAGGAGGUCGUCUCCGACAAGUUGUCGGCCAUUUGAAGAAAUUUGAAGACAUUCUUCAAGAUGAACUAUUUUUAUAAAACGUUAUAUUUUUGUACAUUUCAAUACAUAUUGUAUUUCAGAAAGAGCCAAGUAAGACUUUAGAUGAUUUUUAUACAUUAAGUAGUACAGAGCUGUCUAAAUUCAUGAAAAAGUCGAGACGUUUGGGACUCGAAGUCUGUGCGCAGUUUUUGAAAUUGAAUUAUCAACAUUUUUAUAAUCAAAUAUAAAUUAAAUAUUAUUUCAUCCUGUUGUAUAAUUAGCAUAGAAUACAAUCUUAUAUCCGAGAAUUCAGUCUAGUAUGAUAAAAUUCUAUAUUGACCUUUGACGUAA